CUGUUCGUUUCAGACCAAGUAGGGACAUACUUUGUUGGAAUAUUGCCAAGUCAGUUCUAUGUUGUUCUUGGAAAUAGGGAUCUGUCCGCAUUCAAACUUUUAAUUGCUAAAGCCACGGUGAUAGUCAUAGCGAAAUCAUUGUCUCUUGCGUCAAUCAAGUACUUCACCUCUAUUCUUGCAAUCAGGUGUAGAGAAUUAUGCACAUAUACUCUGCACAGACUUUAUUUCAAAAGAAGAGCAUUUUAUAAACUGGGUACUAUGUCUGAGGGUCUUGAUAACAUCGACCAGCGGCUUACUCAAGAUAUCGAAAAGACCACUCAGGCACUUGCUGUUGAUCUCUUCGCUCCAGUCAUCACUGCACCUUUCAUCAUUCUGUAUUACUCUUACCUGACCUGGAAAAGCUCAGGUUGGAUGGGUCCUUUCACAAUUUAUGUUUAUUUUGCUCUUGUUACUACUAUCAAUCGCUACCUUUUGUCACCUAUCGUGGGUCUUGUCAAUGAAACUGAGAAGAGGGAGGGCGACUUCCGUCAGCGUCACAUGGAAGUCAGAACUAAUGUGGAGUCAAUUGCCUUUUAUCAAUCUGGUCUCAUUGAGAACAUCAUGGCAAAUCAAAAGCUGAAAGUAUUGUUGAAAACCAAGAGAAAGCUUAUUGAGUGGCGAUUUCUUCUUGGCAUUGUCACAAAUAUAUUCGACUAUUUUGGUGGAACACUCUCAUAUCUUAUCAUCGCCAUUCCCAUAUUCAUGACGCAUACUUAUGAUUCGCUCUCUGGUACUGAGCUCAAUGGUGUCGUGUCAAUGAAUGCAUUCUUCUAUCUUUAUCUGAUCUACAGCUUUACAAAUCUGAUCACACUAUCAGAGAAACUAGGAGAUCUUGCUGGUGUUACGCACAGACAAGAAUUGUUAAUGUCUCAUCACAGGGUAAUCGAAUUAUUGGAAGAACUACGACGGUUGCACUCAGAUUGUCUUGAAACGGACAGGCCUCCUUCCACCGUACCAUCAAGCGUCGUAGUAAUCGGGAGUGACGAAGAGGAGAAGGCCAUUACUUCCAAAGCGAUCGAAGAAUUACAUGGCAAACAGCUUUCACUGGAGCGAGAUUGCGACGAUGAGGAGGAAGCACAGUUUCUUCUAGGUAACACUGUUGACCGCGAUGAUGAGUGCCCUGACGAUGGAGUAGCGAUGACAUUAGAUUCAGCCACUUUAGCUGCUCCCAAUGAUGCACACAAUGUCAUAAUCGCCAUUGUAUAG